GUUGAGCGUGUGAAUGCUAACGACCCGGCCGUUGUCAGAGAGCUCCGGCAAUCAUUCGUUGUGCUAUAGUGGCGAGGAUGGACAACCAUCUAUGGAGAUGCCUACUUGUGGGCGCAUUCAUAGUUUGCAGAGUGACGGCCGAUGUAUCCCUGGAUCUGUCAUUUGUCGGUAACGCGGCCACGCCCAUCUAUAUAGGGGAGGCCAGGACUCUUAAAGUGAAUGCAUCGUUUGACCCGAAUAAAGUUUAUACGGGUGUUCGAAUUGAACUCCUGCCUUCAACCUCACAGCUCGUGUUUGCAUUGAGUGACGUGAUCAGUGCAACUAGAACGGGCUGCACGAGCAUUUCAAAUCUCCAUAGCAAGGACGAUAUCAAACCCCAUUUGUUCAGUGAUGCAUCAUACGAUCCAACUCAGGACAUCGUGGCUUAUAAGAGCCGAGCUGAACUCGAUCUUGGCAACGUCACAACCGGCAGUGAGUCUUGCACUUACAUAAUAGAAUACGAGAUUGUACACGUGUCGCUCGGGAACUACACUGCCGAUUCGCAAUAUUGGACAAGCGUUGGUAUGGAGUACACAGACACUGGUUCAAACUACAUUUGGGUCAGUCAGGUUGACAGCACCCUGAAAGGUGUCAAUUCUGGGAUUAAUCCCGUCAUAUCAGUUGCGUAUCAUGCAACACCGGCGUCUGAGAUUGAACUGUCGACAGUUUAUACUACAACUCUACAACUGUCAGUUGCAUAUCCACGUCCGACCAUCGAGAUUGUGACAAGUCUAACAAACGGCACCAAAGAUGGACUUUACAUAACAGGUCUCAAGGUGACGGCCGUCGGUUCGGCGUACGCUUACGCUUUGCAACAGGACAAGGCAGUGAACUACUCCAGUGACUGUCCUCUGUCUACGAAUCGCACGCUUAGUAUUGGGACAAUAAUUAACAAAGAAUCACAGAAGGCGACUCGUGAUGCCAACGCGUCCGAGAUUGCUUUAGAGUUAUCUCUUCAAGCUGACAGUCGUGCUGUAUUAGGCAGCAACUACAGUGUCCAGACGAUCUUUACGUUUGGGGGUUCUGUCUCCUCGAAUACAAAAGAGUUUUUUGUCAAAGUUGUCCAAAAUAAAAAUCCGAGACCGUUUACAACAUUCCAACUUAUUAACAAUACCGGAAGGAGUGUACCGAAAGGGAACGUAGGUUUUCUUUGGGUCGAGCUGGAGGUACCAUCCAAGUCUAGCCACCUGUAUAACCUGAUCCUGACGACCUCUCCUGUUAACUCAGUGCAAAAAGCGUUCAGCAUUCUUUCAGUCAGUCCAGUAAUGAAACAUGAGAACAUUCAAUGUUCCUUUGAUGACGUCACAGAAUUCCUUCCAAAAGAAGACGCUGGCAACACGGCUUUGAUUAGUCUGGCAACAUUCAACAUAAAUGUAACUAACAUGAACUUCGAUAAUUCAAGCUCUAAUCUACUGAAGUUGAGCGUUGCUGUCAUGGCGUUGAAUGACUCCUCUGUGAUCGUUGAUGACAGUCACACGAUUUCAGUUAAUGUAAACGGACUGCUUACUCAGUCAGUUACCUACACUGUUGCAACAGCGAUACCCUACGCUACUAAUCUAGCCUAUAACUACAAUGUGAAACCUGUCUGUGGCAACGAUCCAGUUUUUCAUCCCGGCUCAGUUGCAUACUUUGACCUUGAAAUCACCACUGAACGAAACAAGACCACUGGUCCGAUGACAAUUGAAGCACCCAUACCAGAUAACCUGACACAGCCAGUGUUGACGUUCGUUAAUGCAAAAAUAGUCAAAAAAGGGAAAAACCUGCUUUGCACGGCUCUCGGGAAAGUACCAACCAAUCUGUCAGACUGGAUUUCCGGCUCAAAUGAAUCCGACCGGGCAGUCCUGAAUCUCCCGUUGGUUUGCAAUAUUGAAGUGGAAGCCUCAGUCGAUGAAGACAAGUUCACACUGCGCAUUGGUGUGCGCAUCAAAGAUCUACCGGAUGUCUUAGACGGAAACAUGACUCAAGUGAAUUUCAGUCUUGGUCUCAAGAUCAGCGACCAGAUCUGGGUGUACACAACAACUGCCAAUGUCACCAAUAAAAUGAAAACUCCGGCUUCCCCAGCUUUUGUUAAAGGAAUUGACCUCCUAACCAGCAUAAUACCAGCUACCUGGCCGACUGGAUUUGACCUGGAGUGGAGCCCAGAUAAACGAAAGUUCUACCCAAGCAAGAAUACGUGGCUUCAACAAUCAACUAGCGAAUGGAAUCUAGAUGUAGGACUUAUAGGAUACUGGUUUCGACUUGUAAGCAAAGAUGGCGGUUGUAUGCCUGCAGACUAUUCACUGACGUCUGUGCUACCGAAAGACAAUGGUUAUCAUUCGUACGGACCGACAGAGAAGCAAGACAACCUCUUCCGGAAACUCCAAUUGGCUGUCGACGACGACGACAGCACGUGUUUGUCUCUUCCUGCCGCGAAUUCAACGGACACCGUUCCCUACCUGUGGCUGACCUUGGAACCUAAGUUCAUUGGCCUCCCAAACCAAACCUCUCCGUUCAAUUUGACGCUCGUUGGAAAUGGUUUUGGCUGUUACGGUAGAGAUGGCGAUCAAGUCACAAAGGUAUCGCACCCGACGUCAGGAAACACCAACAUUUAUGAAGGAAGGCGACCUCUGUGUAAGAUAAUUCCUGAGCAACAAGUCGGAUCGCAGUACAGAUGUGUCUACAAAUGCGACUGCAAGGACCUCAGUUCCUGUAACGACGUUAACAUCUUCAUGCGCCAUUCACUGGCUCAAAGCUUCAACGACUACAAUCUCUGCACAAUCAAAGCAAACAAGAUUAGUUAAACAGCCGAAUGCGACAUACUUAUUUGAAAAUUAGCAAACAUUUUAGUGAUAUAAACACAAUCUUACAGUAGACCCGAUUCUAAAAUAUUGUAUUUUGUCUGUCAGAUUCUUGUAUUACAUAUUUUUUAAAGAUAAGAUACAUAAAUAUAAGACAUGUUCUUUGCAUGACUAAAAUUGAGAACAAAUAUAUAAAGAAUUUUAUUUAACAUAUUCAAUAGGAUCAGUGAUAUUUUAGUGGAUUGUUUGUUUAAACCAAUAUCAACGAAAUAAUGUAAACUACUUAUCUUAAUAGGCGUUAUAGCAAUUAUCAAUGUCAAGCGUAUUUUAAUUUGUUUAUCUUAUUUUGCUUGUUAAUAAACUUGUUUUACGGUAUUAUCAUUUCAUUUACAAAAAAUCAUGGAUUUUGUUAACGUAGUUCAUUCACAUGUUCAUUGCUUUAAAUACUUACGAUUGUUUAAUAAAUAUAAAGUAAUCGCAUAAGCGAAUCAAGAUAAUACACACUUUCCGUACGCUUAACAUCGCUAGAGAUAAUAUACAGAUUUAAUUCAAUUGAUUUACUUAACGUUUUCAUUUGUUGGUGAGAUUGUUUCCAUUCAAUAAUUGCACGGAGUCUUAAAUCACCUGUAUAUGAUCCGCUCUCUGAUAAACGGGGCUUGAUGCUUGCGCGUAAAGAGUUGUCCCAGAUAAGCAUGUGUAGUCCACACACGACAGGCUAAUCAGGGACGACACUUUCCGCUAAAACGAUAUUUCCUCUUAAAAGAGACUUCCUUAAACACAAAGUUCCAUAACACAGUACUGUGUUGUCCCUGAUAAGCCUGUACGAUUUGCAAAGGUUAAUCUGGGACGAUACGUUACGCACAUGUAUUAAGCUCCGGCCUGUAUAUACGUUUUGCUAUGUUAUUUUUUUCUUUAAAACUCUGCAAUUGAAAUGGAUUGUAGGUUGUGCUAAAAUUGCAUUUCCUCCUCAACAUCUUGUUCUAUUUUUGCAUACUGCGCACAUGUUUGUCUCGUGUGUAAGUUUCAAUACCAACAAUGCUUUAAGUUUGAAAUUUUGUUUAAUAAUAUUUAUAUAUGUAUUCAUGAAAGUAUAACCAAAUGGCUAUAGAAACCACUAUUUUUGUUAUGGAAAAUGUCUUAGAAGAAGAAACAGUUUUCGCCAUCAGUUCAAAGCGCCUCAAUCUAGGGCAGAAUAUGGAACUAAACAGUGGUAUUGUAAUGGUCACUUGCAAUUUGCUUUUCUUGAACUUCUGUUUUUGAACUUAAAGGCCUAAACAAAAUUCCCGCGAGUUUAUGUAACUAUAUUUUGAAUUUCUCUGCUGACUAGUUAAAAUUGAGAUUUGGUUGGAUGUGGAUAUAUGACUGGCAAACAUUUAAUGUUAACCAUUUGUCAAUGUACAUUUUCAAGUUGCUUAUGUUUAAUUUAACGCUAAAAGAUGUUAUAUUUGUGUUGCUGUUAUUGUUAUAAAUUAAGUUCGAAAUAAAUUUUGUGUUGGAA